AUGAUUAAUACGGACAAUCUGCGCGAGGUGCUCAAGACCGAUAUCAAGACACCUAUUCCAGAAACCACAGUUUCUAAGAUUAUCUCCCUUCCUCCGUUCAUCACUGUCCCGGGCGUCUCGAAUUUUCGUGACCUGAGCCACGAUGAAAGGUUACGCGCAGGCUAUGUCUAUCGCUCGGGAAACCUGUCCGACAUUACCGAGGAAGGUAAAACAAUCUUAGCCAAAGAAUUGGGUAUCACCACAAUAUUCGAUCUUCGAAAUGAAGGGGAGAGAUUAAGGGCUCCUAGCCCUGUGAUUGAAGGUGUCGAUACAAUAUGGAUGCCUUACGGAGCCCGUCCAGCUUCCUUGAAUCUUCGAGACUUUGCUGGAGAAGACACAUCUGCGACCGGCUUUGUUAAGAUGUAUAACGGAAUUCUCGAUGCAGCUACCCCGGCAUUUAGCCAAGUGUUUAGUCACAUUCGAGAUCAGCCCAACGACCCAUUUAUCUUCCAUUGCUCAGCCGGCAAAGACCGUACAGGAGUUCUAGCGGCUCUAGUUUUGCUUUUGAUCGGUCGCACCCAUGACGACAUCAUCAAUGACUACAUCCUCACGCGCAUCGCCCUGGAGAACGUCCGGGAGAACCUGAUUGAGGCGCUAGCUAUACAAGGUGGCAGCAUCGAACAUCUCAGCCCUGAGGCUAACGGCAUGCUUGAACUCAGUAGCGUCCGAGCGCAGGCGAUGGCGGCUUUCCUGAAGUCGUUCGAGAACACCUACAAGGGUGGCGUCGAAGAAUUUCUCACCACAAAGCUUGGGUUUUCGCCAGAAGAUGUACAGAACAUGCGCCAUAACCUCACGGAUUUUUCAUAA